CGCCGCACGAGAGCGCUGCACCAGCAGAUGAAGAAACGGUUCUUACAAAGCAAGCGUUACUCCACCCUCGAACCUUAACCGGCGGCACAUCCUCCAGUGGAAAACGAAGUCGGGACUCUACCCCCGGGAGGAUUAAAGUGAGCACGGAUUUUAUCCAGGAAAAAAAGUGUGUAAGUGCAACUUUCUUGGAGGAACAGCAACACAAGUUUGCUCUGGCUCUGGCUCUGGCUCUGCAUGAAAGAGAAAACCUCUCAUGCGUGGCUUGUAAGGGAAAACGCAAUUGAAAAGAGGACUUCAUGGUUGUCUGGCAUGACAGGCGUAACUCUUUUGCAUGUUCUGCAUGACAGAGUUUACACUAUACGCACUUUUUGUCUUGCAUAGAUUUGAGAAAGGUCGCUCCGGAGAAUUUUAUGUCCGUGAAAUCCGAGGGCGCGGAUCUGGUAUCCUGUGCAAAAGUAUCGUAUUCGUAUAAAUGCAAGUCUUGCAUUACAAAUUUCUUUCUGAAGUUAAAUCCGCAUUACAAAUUUCAUUUCUCAUGCGGAGGCAAUUUGUCAUGCGAUUUAUACUAGUACGAUGCUUUUGCAUUUCAUAUCUGGACGACAAUGAUAAAAAGACGUCCCCAGACAAGUACAGCAGCGCCGGGUCUGACUGGAGUAAAAGCGCGGACGAAAUUUUUCAACAGCAACAAAGAGCCGCGGCAAGUGCUGCGAAGAUGGUGGAACAACAGGAGAUGGUGAUGAAGAAACAACAACAAGAGCAGCAUGUUGAACAAGAAGCAACUACAGGCCAAAUUGUUCCUACUGCCGCCAGAAGUGCAGCUGACAAUAAACAACAGGAUUCAUCAUCGCAGGAGAGCCAGAUAAUCCCGAAAGCGAACGUGAAUGGCUUCAUGGAAGUGGAUGGGUUAGGACCGCCGGACAAUGGCGAUGGGUCCGGAGCGAAUGACGUACUGGGACCGAAUUCAUCUUCUUCGUCUUCCUCUUCUGGCAGCGAGGACAACGAGAGCGAUAACGAGAGCGACAUGUCCUCUGAAAUAAGUGGAACUUCUGGCGCGAGUUCUUCGCAGCGUGGGUCCUACCAGGGCUCUGUUCGCGGACUGGGGGAUGACGCGCCGCGCUACUACAAGGGGUCGGAUGCGCGCUCGGUUGCGGCGUCGGUCAGUGACGAUGGAGACAACGGUUGUGAAGUUGACGACGACGCUAUGAACUACAUGUUGACCACGACCGGGUCCUCCCCAUCAUCUGCAGCAGGCUCCUCGAGUAGACCCCAUUCUUACGGUGCUAGAAGCUGCUCUAAUGCCUCGAACUCUACCGCCGCAUCUUCAGCCGCGCAGCGACGGGCGGCCCAAGCGACGUCGGGGACUUUUUCAGCUCUGUACAAGCGGCACGGAAGUAUUUCCGCGGAAAAUAAAGCCGCCGUGUCAUCGUUGCAGGAACAAAAGGAAAAGAAACUAGUUUUGGAGGAAAAGAAGCCAGCUCAUCAUGCUGGUGGUGGACAUCAUCACAAAAAACCAGCCGAUGGCACAACUAGCAAAAAUAAGCAGGCUGGUGCGCAUCACACCAAGACAUCCGGUUCUAGUUCUUCUAGAAGGCACAAAUGGGAAGACGAUCGGCAGUCGUUUUGCGCGAGUAGUUGUAAUAACAGCAUCGUGGACUCGGAUACUUCCUCCGAGGCUGAGGGAUUUGACUUGCAAAGGCUGCUUCGCGGCGGAAGUACUUCUGGCACUGGAAUGUCGGUGAUGGACAUGAGCAGUAUGAUUCAGGGCAUGACGAGCAACUACAACUCUGAUACAGCGGCCGGUCGUGCUGGUGGAGGUGCCAACGACGACGACAAUAGUAGCUGCGCGUCGGGUUGCAGCAGUGAUUCAUCUGGGGGGGAAGAGGAGAUUAAGAAAAACAAAAUUAACAAAGAACGCAAAAAACCUACGGAAGAAGUGAAGCAUGUGCAUGCCAAGCAUAAGCAAAAACCUGAUGCUCAACGUCAACGGUCUCAAGACGACACCAGCGACCGGGGACGCACCAGCAGUCGAAGUGGCAGCAAGAAAACCAGCCGGCGGGAACAAACUCGAACAGAAAACUCUUCGGAAGAUGACGCUGACAGCGACACGGAGAGCGUAAGAACGGACAAUCUCCGCCAAUUCGUGAAUGCUCUGCGUCUUAAGAAGAAAGAAGGAGAAGAUGCAGGUGCCGACGCGAGAACUUCUGCUCAUACUCCUAAAGAUAUUUCCAGACCCGUAACUGCCGAGGUCACGGAGGUGCAUCAAAGUUUUGCUUCCUUCCUUACAGAAGGAGCUGCGGGAGGUGGAGCUCCUCAAGUUGCAGGAGGCUCUUCUUCUUUUACUCAUUCGGAAAGAUCUUCUUCCUCUACCUUCCCUCGGCCGACUGGUGUAACAACUGCAGCCACCUCUACUAGUAAUCUCAGCGGGUCCACCUCGAGAUCCUCUACGAAAUCGUCCGAGCUUUUGUCAUCUAGUAAAGCCGGUACUUCCACGACCAGUGAUGGGAAUAAAACUUCUGCCCAGAAAAGUGAAAAAAACCGACCCCGGACAAAGCCGACCGGAAGCAGCGGGUCUUCCACGCGUGGGGCAAGAGGAG